AUGAAAGGCGUGUACCCGCUCGACUUGAGUGUCACGCACACCGCCCGCCUUGGCUUUGCGUCCAACUCGAUCAUGUACAUCCGCGGAAAUGCGCUCAGCCAUGCGUUCACGUCGGAUCGAUCCGACAACUUGGCGAACGCGAGCAUGAAGUCGGCAGCGUUGACGAACCUCGGGUAUGCCCCCGCACGCACCAACGUCGACGUUCGCUUGAUACAAGACCUUGUCUUGACCAACACAUUGGCGGCCCAGACCCACACUGUGCAAUUUUACCGGAUUUUUCCAAAGAGCUUUUGCACCGGGUGCCACACGGUCGCCGAGCUUGGGUUUGGGUCGUGCAACAUGACGUUUGUGUACAACGACUCGGCCAAAGUGGUCAGCGUGACGAAGAGUGCCAACCUGAUCGGGUCCGUCUACAAGGUCGGCUUGUUGUUGCCGCAGUCGAUGUUUUCAUCGGCGUCCCACUACGUGAAAGCGACUGCGAUCGUGUUUGCGGUGGGCGGGUACCUGGCGAGCCGUCGGACGGUGCAGUGGAAAGAGUUUGACGCGACCAAGCUCGACUCGAUUUUUGCCAAAAUUCUGCGGAUUUUGUCGCCAAAAGUGUUUCCUUACCCAAGUUGCGCGCUUCGCUUUGACAUGUUUUGCUACAAUUCCGACAUUUUUGUCUUUUUGUUUGCGACCGGCGUCAUUCUUGACAUGGAAAACAGCUUGUACUACCUCAAGACGAUGAACAUGUACAACGCGCCGGCGCCCAUUUUUCGCUACUCGAUGCAGCUCUACGGGUUUACGACGCGACUGCUGUGGUUUAACUGCGCGCUCCUCAAGCUGCUUAAGAUCCUCUGGCACGUCAUUGGGUCGGCGAGCUUCAAUGGCGAGAGUGCCCUCAUGGCGUUUCUGAACCUUCGCAACGUCACGUCGCUCUACAUGAGUGCGAUCUUGCUCUUUUAUGUACCGGCGUUCAUCGAUUACAACAGCAGCGUCACCAUGACACUCAACAACCCCAACGAGUGCCUCGAUACGAUCCACGUUGAUGCGUUCGAGAGCUACUACAUCCGCGCCGUACCCGCCAUCGCAGUCGGUCUCGUGGUCAACGUCCUCUUGAUUGCUGCGUUGGACCAUAUGGUGCACUUCAACUACUGGCAGCGCGUGUCCAAGAACUCGCUCGCGCACCAAGCCAUCUUCAACAGCAGCUCGAUUCUAUGCGACGACCUCGACGGCAUCGACAUGGACGGCGCGGCGGUGGUGCUCCAUUGCAAGGCGCGACGACUGAGCACGCUGCAGUGGUUCUUUAUGAGCCACAUGAUUAUGUUUGGCCUGCCCGAGAAGGAACUCCGCGCCAAAAAAAAGUACUUGGUCCGCGGCCACGACCAACCGGACCGCGAUGCACCCAGCGCCAGCACGGGACGCUACAUGGUGGUGCAGGACGGCGACCACCAUAUGCACCUCGUCGAUGAAAAUCUGAGCGAUGUGACCGCCCUUGUGUACAACAUCAAGGUGCUCAAGGACCUGCCGAUUACGAUCGAGUGA